GCGUUAUUUCUAAAAACCCUAGUCAAAUUCAAACACUUGGCAAUGAAUCUACGCAAACACAACCCUAAUGAUCCAAUAUCCACACACUUAUCAUCCUUAUCUUUUCCCUAUGAAUUCCUCCACUCUUUUCCUCUCUUUGCUUCCAUUUUACCUCAAACGAAACGUCUCACUCCUCUGUUCUUAUUCUUCUUCCUCUGUUUUUCUUUUGUUACUUCCAUGGCGGUUUUGGACACAAACUCGGACUCAGGUCCUGUUAUCCCCACAACACCACUCGUCACUUUCCUCCAGCGCGUGCAGCUCACGGCACUCCGUUCCUACCCGAAAACCCUAACCCCUGACCCUAAAUCCUACAUUGAUCUAUCUCUCAAGCUCCCUCACGAUCUCUCCACCGUCGAGACAGCCUUCGACGAUCUCACGAGCGAAUCACGUGACCUGUCAGUGCCAGUCGACAAGCUUGAAAAAUUCGUCGACCAAUACUUCGACGGCGCAGGGGAAGAUCUGGUGCACCACGAACCAGAGGAUUUCGUCUCAGAUCCCUCCGGGUUCCUCCUUAACGUGGAGAACGAGCAAGUCAGGGAAUGGGCGCGUGAGGUGCACGGUCUGUGGACAACACUGAGCCGCAGAGUUUCUGAUGCCGUGAGAGAGUCUCCUGAACGGCACACGCUUCUACAGUUGCCGGAACCGGUUAUCAUUCCCGGUUCGAGGUUCAGAGAGGUCUAUUACUGGGAUUCUUACUGGGUCAUCAAAGGACUCUUGACGAGUAAGAUGCACACUACGGCCAAAGGGUUAGUGACAAAUCUGAUGUCUCUUGUGGAGACUUAUGGUUACGCUCUCAACGGGGCCAGAGCUUAUUACACUAACCGAAGCCAACCACCUCUAUUGAGCUCAAUGGUCUAUGAGAUUUAUAAUGUAACAAAAGAUGAGGAGCUUGUGAAGAAAGCUAUCCCUGUGCUUCUCAAAGAGUACGAUUUUUGGAACUCAGGAAAGCAUAAGGUGGUUAUUCGAGACGCUAGUGGUUAUGAUCACAUUUUAAGCCGUUAUUACGCCAUGUGGAACAUGCCAAGACCUGAAUCCUCUGUUUUCGAUCAAGAAUCCGCUUCAGGGUUUUCGAGUACGUUAGAGAAACAGCGUUUCCAUCGAGAUAUAGCCACGGCUGCUGAAUCAGGAUGCGAUUUCAGCACGCGAUGGAUGAGGGAUCCACCUAAUUUCACAACAAUGGCUACAACUUCAGUCGUACCUGUUGAUCUUAACGUCUUUCUUUUCAAGAUGGAACUCGAUAUAGCUUUCAUGAUGGAGGUUUCUGGGGAUGAAAAUGGUAGAGAGCGAUUUGUGAAAGCGUCAGAAGCGAGAGUGAAAGCCUUUGAAACCGUGUUUUGGAACGAGAAAGCAGGGCAGUGGCUAGAUUACUGGCUUUCCUCCAAUGGUGAUGAGCCUGAGAUAUGGAAAGCUGAGAGCCAGAACACCAAUGUUUUUGCAUCUAACUUUGCUCCAAUCUGGAUUAAUUCCUUCCAUUUAGAUGAAAAUCUGGUCAAGAAAGUUUUGAAAGCUCUGAAAAACUCAGGGCUCAUCGCUCCCGCUGGAAUCCUAACCUCUUUGACAAACUCGGGACAACAGUGGGAUUCUCCGAAUGGAUGGGCACCGCAACAAGAGAUGAUCGUGACAGGGCUCGCGAGAUCAGGUCUAAAGGAGGCUAAAGAGAUGGCAGAGGAGAUUGCGAGGAGAUGGAUCAGAAGCAGCUAUCGUGUUUACAAGACAAGUGGGACUAUUCAUGAGAAGCUCAAUGUUUCAGAGUUUGGUCAAUAUGGUGGUGGAGGAGAAUAUAAGCCACAGACGGGAUUUGGAUGGUCCAACGGGGUUAUAUUAGCAUUUUUGGAGGAGUUUGGAUGGCCCUCUGACCUCAGCAUCGAACCGUAGAUUUACUGCUUUGGUAUUAAACAUUAAAUAAAGGAAAUACUCAUUUUUAUCUCAUAUAAACUUUUUUACCAGAAAACUUAUAAGACUUUAUGGUAAUGACAAUUUGAUCGUAGCUUCUUUGUUGUGGAUCUUUUGGGGUUUUCUCU